AUGUGCCACCAACCAGCACAGUGCCACCAACAUCAGAACCAAGGACAACUCACACUGCCACCAACAACAGAACCACCAACAACUUUGCAACCAACCAGCACAUUGCCACCAACAACAGCACCCCCGACAACUGAGCAACCAACCAGCACAGUGCCACCAACAACAGAACUACCGACAACUGUGCAACAAACCAGCACAUUGCCACCAACAACAGCACCCCCGACAACUGAGCAACCAACCAGCACAGUGCCACCAACAACAAAACCACCGACAACUGAGCAACCAACCAGCACAACCACCACAGUGCCACCAACAGCAAAACAACCGACAAGUGUGCCACCAACCAGCACAAUGCAACCAACAUCAAAACCACCGACAACUGUGUCACUAACCAGCACAAUGCCACCAACAACAGAACCGCCGACAACUAUGUCACUAACCAGUACACUGCCACCAACAACAGAACCACACACAACUGUGACACCAACUAGCACAGUGCCACCAACAACAGAACCUCCGACAACUGUGCCACUAACAAGCAUAGUGCCAUCAACAGAACCGCCAACAACUAACAGUGCCACCAACAGAACCGCCAACAACUGUGCCACCAACCAGCACACUGCCACCAACAACAGAAUCGCCGACAACUCUGCCACCAACCAGAACAGUGCCACCAACAGAACCGCCAACAACUGUGCCACCAACCAGCACACUGCCACCAACAACAUAAUCGCCGACAACUUGCCACCAAUAACAGAAUCGCCGACAAAUGUGCCACCAACCAAACCACCAACAACUUUGCAACCAACCAGCACAUUGCCACCAACAACAGCACCCCCGACAACUGAGCAACCAACCAGCACAGUGCCACUAACAACAGAACCACCGACAACUGUGCAACAAACCAGCAUAUUGCCACCAACAACAGCACCCCCGACAACUGAGCAACCAACCAGCACAGGGCCACUAACAACAGAACCACCGACAACUGUGCAACAAACCAGCAUAUUGCCACCAACAACAGCACCCCCGACAACUGAGCAACCAAACAGCACAGUGCCACCAACAACAGAACUGCCGACAAUCGUGCCACCAACCAAACCAACGACAACUUUGCCACCAACAAGCACAGUGCCACCAACAGAACCACCGACAACUGUGCAACCAACCAGCACACACAGUGCCACCAACCAGCAUAAUGCAACCAACAUCAGAACCACCGACAACUUGCCACCAAUAGAAUCAACCACAAUACUAACAUCAUCUGUAAAAUCAGAAACUACACAAAAUACUUUACCAGAACUUCAGCAAAAAAAAGCACAGUUACUUCAAGAAAUUGAAAGACUCGAGAACCAAAUUGCUGCCUCCAACGCCACUCUCACAGCUCUGCAAAACACCAAUGAAGCCCUGCAACGAGUCAUUGAAGCCAUCGAGGAAGCCACUGGCAAUUCCGGAAGGAAGCGCCGAUCACUUACUUACUCUAUCGAUCAAGAUGGCGACACUGUCACGGUCGAUCCAUAUUGUGAGGUAAAUCAGGACAAUGCCGUGACUGGCAACCCAACAGAUCUGCUUCUUACAAUGAUCAAUGAUCUCUCCACCAAGCUGUCCAACCUCACAACCGACCAAAUCACUUGCUUCAAUCAACUCAUUGAUAAUUUCGCCACACUCGUAGAGAAUGGAACCUUCGUCAUCGAUUCGACUGUAUUAGAUAACAUCACGGCCGCGGUAGAAGCAGCAGGCAGUGUCGUGGGAGACCAAGUCCAAUCAGUUCAAUUGCUCGUCAAUGUUUUACAAGAACAAAAACAAAAUAAAACGGAUGAGCUUGUCCAAGUGGAGAACCUAAUAGCAGCAACGACAGCAACAGAACCACCGACAACUGGGCCACCGACCAGCACAGUGCCACCAACAACAGAAUCGCCGACAACUGUGUCACUAACCAGCACAGUGCCACCAACAAUAGAAUCGCCGACAACUGUGUCACUAACUAGCACAGUGCCACCAACUAUAGAAUCGCCGACAGCUGUGCCACCAACCAGCAAAGUGCCACCAGCAACAGAACCACCGACAACUAUGCUACAAACAAGCACACACAGUGCCACCAGCAACAGAACUGCCGACAACUGGGCCACCGACCAGCACAGUGCCACCAACAACAGAAUCGCCGACAACUGUGUCACUAACCAGCAAAUGCCACCAGCAACAGAACUACCGACAAUUGGGCCACCGACCAGCACAGUGCCACCAACAACAGAAUCGCCGACAACUGUGUCACUAACCAGCACAGUGCCACCAACAAUAGAAUCGCCGAAAACUGUGUCACUGACUAGCACAGUGCCACCAACUAUAGAAUCGCCGACAACUCACAGUGCCACCAGCAACAGAACCCCCGAUAAAUGUGCCACCAACCACCACAGUGCCACCAGCAACAGAACCAUCCACAAAUGUGCCACCAACCAGCACAAAUCAACCACAAUACUAACAACAUCUGUAAAACCUGAAACUACACAAAAUACUUUACCAGAACUUCAGCAAAAAAAAGCACAGUUACUUCAAGAAAUUGAAAGACUCGAGAACCAAAUUGCUGCCUCCAACGCCACUCUCACAGCUCUGCAAAACACCAAUGAAGCCCUGCAACGAGUCAUUGAAGCCAUCGAGGAAGCCACUGGCAAUUCCGGAAGGAAGCGCCGAUCACUUACUUACUCUAUCGAUCAAGAUGGCGACACUGUCACGGUCGAUCCAUAUUGUGAGGUAAAUCAGGACAAUGCCGUGACUGGCAACCCAACAGAUCUGCUUCUUACAAUGAUCAAUGAUCUCUCCACCAAGCUGUCCAACCUCACAACCGACCAAAUCACUUGCUUCAAUCAACUCAUUGAUAAUUUCGCCACACUCGUAGAGAAUGGAACCUUCGUCAUCGAUUCGACUGUAUUAGAUAACAUCACGGCCGCGGUAGAAGCAGCAGGCAGUGUCGUGGGAGACCAAGUCCAAUCAGUUCAAUUGCUCGUCAAUGUUUUACAAGAACAAAAACAAAAUAAAACGGAUGAGCUUGUCCAAGUGGAGAACCUAAUAGCAGCAACGACAGUGCCACCAACAUCAGAACCCCCGACAACUGUGCCCCCAAAAACAGAACCGCCGACAACUAACAGUGCCACCAACAACAGAACCGCCGACAAUUGUGAAACAAACCAGCACAGUGCCAGCAACAACAGAAUCGCCGACAACUGUGUCACUAACCAGCACAGUGCCACCAACAACAGAACCGCCGUCAACUUUGCAACCAACCACCACAAACCACCGACAACUGUGCAACCAACCAGCAAAGUGCUACCAACAACAGAACCGCUGACAACUGUGCAAACAACCAGCACAGUCCCGCCGACAACAGAACAGCCGAAAACUGUGCAACCAACCAGCAGAGUGCCACCAACAACAGAACAGCCGAAAACUGUGCAACCAACCAGCAGACACAGUGCCAGCAACAACAGAAUCGCCGACAAUUGUGCCACCAACCAUGCCACCAACAACAGAACCGCCGUCAACUUUGCAACCAACCAGAACAGUGCCCCCAACAACAGAACUACCGACAACUGUGCCACCAACAACACAGUGCCACCAACAACAGAAUCGCCGACAACUGGGCCACCAACAACAGAAUCGCCGAUAACUGCGCAACCAACCACCACAGUGCCACUGGCAACAGAACCGCCGACAACUCACAGUGCCACCAACCAGCACAGUGCCACCAACAGCAGAACCACUGACAACUUGCCACCAACAACCACAGAACCGCCAACAUUGCCACCAACAACCACAGUACCGCCAACAGUGUCACCAACUACCACUGCACCACCAACAAUGCCACCAACAACCUCAAAACCGCCAACAGUGCCACCAACAACCACUGCACCACCAACAAUGCCCCCAACAACCACAGUACCGCCAACAGUCCCACCUACAUCAGAGCGGCCAACAACUAGAAUGCCACUAAUAACCACAGUAUCACCAACGGUGCCACAAACAUCAAGGUUGCCAAUCACCACGGUGCCACUAACAGCCACAGUACCGCCAACAGUGCCACCAACAACGGGUCUGCCAACCACCAUAGUACCGCCAACUGUGUCACCAACAACCACAGUGGCACCCACAACAACUUCACCUCCAACAGCGGUUUCUACAGAGUUCCCUGCUACCGCCACAACAACUUCACCUCCAACAGCGGUUUCUACAGAGUUCCCUGCUACCGCCACAACAUUCACUGUUACACCCCUGUUGACGAUACCAGGAACGGUUCCUGAAUCCACUCGUCCUCCAGGAACACCUACGAUGCCCCCAUCGACACCAACAGCACCUGCAGCAACAACUGUUUUGACAGAACUGGAACAAAGGAAGAAACAACUGGAAGAGGAGCUGGAACAGCUUCAAACUGCAAUUGCUGCCAACAAUGCUACCGCCAGCGCUCUUGCAGAAACGGAAGCAGCGUUGCAGCGAGUCAUUGAUGCCAUAAGUAAUAGUGGAAGCCACAAGAGGAGAAGACGAUCCCCUACUUACGCUGUCAACCAAAGUGACGACACUGUGACAGUCGAUCCAUAUUGUGAGGUAAAUGAGGACAAUGCCUUAACUGGGGACCCAACAGAUCUGCUUCUUACAAUGAUCAACGAUCUCUCCACCAAGCUAUCCAACCUCACAACCGACCAAAUCACCUGUUUCAAUGAACUCAUUGGUCAUUUUGCUACACUCAUAGAGAAUGGAACGUUCGUCAUCGAUUCUAGUGUAGUCGGCAAUAUUACAGCCGCUGCAGAGGCAGCAAGCAGCGCCGUGGGAGAACAGGUUGAGUCUUUAGAGGCUCUCAUUUCGAAUCUACAGUCGCAGGCAGAGGAAAAGAAUUCCGAACUCAAUGAACUGCAAAGUGAACCUACGUCUACAGCAGCGAGUGUUACUUCUCUCUUACUUAUUGCUCUUAGCAGUGACAUAAAUUACAUCUGUGCUUAUUUCCAUAUCUUCUAUAGAGACCCUUACGAUCUCUGGGACUUCAACUAUCGUUCGACUUCAGCAAGCACCGCCUCAGUGAUUUCAACGGUAACAGAAGCAAUAUUGCCCACAACCACAGAGCUGCCUUCAAACUCUACUGAGAAAUUGCUAGAAACAGUUACCUUACCUGAAACAUCGACCAUUGAAGGAGAAACUGUCUUUGAAACAGUGACUCUUCCUGAAACAUCGACCAUUGAAGGAGAAACCGCCUUUGAAACAGUGACGCUUCCUGAAACAUCUACCACUGAAGCACCAACAAUUAUGCCACAAACAACAGAACCACCGACAGCUAACAGCCGACAACUAACCGCCAACAGUGCCACCAACAACCACUGCACCACCAACAGUGCCCCCAACAACCACAGUACCGCCAACAGUCCGACCUACAUCAGAGCGGCCAACAACUAG